GGCGGCGCUGCGUGGCGAAGGAGGACGCGGCAGCGGCGGCGGCGGCGGCGGAGGCGCAACGGAGGCCUUCCUGCCAUGCAUGCAUGAAAAUGGGGACCGAACAAUUUAGUUUAAAGUGGAACAACCACACCCGCCACCUGGUGGGCGUGUUUGAGUCCCUCCUACAAGCAGAAUCUCUGGUAGACGUUACGCUGUCGUGCGAGGGUCAGAGCCUCAAGGCACACAAACUGGUCCUCUCGGCCUGCUCGCCCUACUUCAAAACACUCUUUCAAGACCACUCAGAGGCACAUCCUAUUGUGAUAUUGAAGGAUGUGAAGUUUGCCGAACUGAGGAGCAUCAUACAAUUUAUGUACAAAGGUGAAGUGGAAGUUGACCAGUCGGAGAUCGAGUCGCUCAUCGGCACCGCCGAGGGACUCAUGAUCCGAGGUCUGGCCGGCUCCCGGUCCACAGUGAGUGGCCUGCAGCUGCGACCACCGACCGGUCACGACCUGACACCGCGCUCAGAGCCAUCAUCCGACCAGGAGCGUAAGAGGCCGCGCUCCGAGCACGACUCGGGCGGCGGCGGCGGCGGGGAGCCGGCGCCCUCGCUGCCGCCCUCCGGGCCGCCCACCACCACCUCCAGCAACGGAGAUGACGGCUCUGUGAUAAAGCGGCCCAAGAUCGAAGACCCCGGCUCCGGCUCCGGCGAGGAGAACAACUCCGUGGACGGCAUGGAAUCGCAGUCGGUGGACACGCCGGCUCAGCUGUGCCAGCCGGAGCUGCUGUCGGAGGAGGCGUCCAGCCACGACCCGCAGCUACAGGCGGCGCUCAGCACCGUCGGCGUCACACCCCAGGGCAUGGCGAUGACGCCGUCCCAGCGGGACGCCAUGCAGCAGCAGAUGCAGAUGCUCCAGGAGUAUAUGAUGCCCAUGCUGAACAACCUCAGCAUGGGGCUCACCAUGCCGGCGCCGGGGGUGGACGUCAUCAGCAACACCCCACAGCUGGCCAAGACGACCAUGUCCGGUCUGAGCUGUAACGUCUGCGCCAUGAUCAUGCCCGAUCUGCCCACCCUGGAGCAGCACCUGCGGAUCCAUGAGGAGGAGAAGCCCUACAAGUGUCUCCAGUGCGGACAGAGGUACAAGUACCAGUCGGCCUACCAGCGUCAUAUCGACAUGAACCACACGGCCCGACUGCCCCAGGAGAAGCCCUACCGCUGCGAGGUCUGCGGACAGUUCUUCAAGUACCUCAAGAGCUUCCACAAACACCGAGCCAAUCAUAGUGCCAUAGACCGUAUUCUGAACACUAGCGACGACAGCGCCACCGGUGGCAUGGCGGAGUUCCCGCGAACUAGCGUUGGGAUGGCGCCACCUCCGCCCACGGUACCUCAGCUGCAGAUACCCGGUCCAGCGGCGUCCUGUCUGACGCCAGAGACCAUGGACGCCACCUACCGGGCCCACCAGGCGGCCCCGGUACCCCCGCCACCGGCACCCCCGCCACCGCCACCGCCACCCCCGGUGCUAGCGGUACCCAGACAGCUUAUCAGCGACAAUAAGGGUCUGUCGCUGAAGGAAGUGAAGGAGGAGUCCAACAGCAUCACCAUCACCGCCAUCAAGACGGAGAGGCCGGACACGCCGCCUGCGGGAGGGUCCCACGAGCCCCAGGGCGCUCCGACGGACCCGGAGGGUCUGGAGCACGCCGCCGCAAUGCAGGGUACUGACUCGCAGACUUUAGACGCGUCUCAGGGCGGUGAAAAGAGCUGGAUCUGUCCCUACUGUCUGAAGGGCUUCAAGGGAAAGGAGAAUCUCAAACUACACAUACGAACUCACACAGGCGAGAAGCCUUACGAGUGUAACGUCUGUUUCCGGCGGUUCGCUCGCGGUGACUACCUCUCCAAGCACAUGGUGACCCACAGUCAGGGGAGCAGUCCUCAGCCGGGUGAUGAGUUCGCCGGGUCACCGCCAGACGGCAGCACCGCAGCCGAGGCGCACGGCGUGGACAGCAGCGACCCCUCGGGGGUCACCGGACCUCAAUGA